AUGGAUUGUUUGGUUCCCGAGAUACUUGAGAAAAUAUUUAAGUAUAUUUAUGCUCCAAAUGAAGAUCGUUUUUAUACGGAAGAUCGAGCCCGCCUUCAUUCGUGCUUAUUAGUAAAUAGAUAUUGGUGUAAAGUAUCUGCCCCAAUCCUUUGGAAAUGGGCAUUAAAUGAUUACGGAAGUAUAUACGAACGACAAGCCAAGAUUAACACGCUACUCAAAUGUUGCGAUGAGAAUUCCCGUCUUUAUUUGAUUGCCAAUGGCAUAGAAAUACCCUUCUCCCUUCAGGAAGUACCUAUCUUUCAAUACGCUUCGUUCAUUGAGAUUUUGGAUUACGGUAAAUUAGUCAAUUCAAUUAGCGAGUGGUUAGAAACAUUACCACGAUUACCUGCGGAAAGUUUAACCUUGGUUCUAAGAGCAACGUUGAAAUUAUUGGUUAAAGAAUCUAAAAUAACCAGUUUUCAAGCCUGGCCUUUGAGAUUUCCUACCGAUUUGAUUCAUUUAAUAUUGGUUGAAGAGGGGAUUGAAAAUUUAUUUUUAAAUGUUAGAAACUUGCUCAUCAACACCCACGUUAGAUUGGAUAGAUGGUUAUCGGCUCCGGUAAAGAUUUGCAGAAAAAUUGAAACGUUGACCAUAAGCUUACCGGGACAGUCAAAUUCAUAUUUCGGUUCAAAGUCAUCCGCGGAUCCUUCACCGUAUUACUUUAAGGAAUCCGCUCAAAUGUCUUCGCUCAUCCAACAUCAAAAAUCACUUCAAAAGCUUAAAAUCAAUGAGGGUUUUGGAUUCUCCGUUAUAAUCAAUACGUCAUUGUCAUCCGUAAAAGAUUCCCUUACGAACCUUUCAUUUAAAUCCGUGGAUUUUGGUGGGAGUGAUCCAUGGUAUGGGAUAUGCACUCUGUAUAUGUUGGAGGUGUUUAAAUGUAAGAAUUGUAAAGGGUUGACCGUGGAAAUGAUAGAACCUCUGAUAAAAUGUACCAAUGGAGAAUUUAGGAGGGUCAAAAAGAUGAUUUUGGAUUGGAAUACCAGUAAAGAAGCGCAUGACUUGUUAAAUUAUUGGUACUCGAAAUUGAUUGCAACUUCAAUUACGUGUAACACGCAAUAUUUGGCAGAUUAA